AUGGCUGUUGAGGCUAUCACCCGUAAAGAUUAUAGAGAAGAUAGGCUUACAACUAUAACCCAGGCUGAGAGGCAUCGGAUUUGUCUAGAAUUAUUAAAAAUUUGUACACCAGCUAGAGAUAUCGAUGAUAGAGCCAGAUAUAAAUCUGAUGUUGUUAAGAUGUGUCUGAAUUCUCCUGAAUCGAUAUCUCAUCUCCAGGAUUUAGUUCUCAAAAUGGCUCGGGUAUUUGACAAUACAGAUGCAUCGCGCAGAGUUAAAAAAUCGGGAUUGAAAACAGAUCGGGCAAAACUUGGUUUACUGAACUCAGCACUACAUGCAACUUAUGGGUUGAAAUUUAAGGCUGUAGAUAGGAGUCGCAGGUAUUACCGCCUAGAUGGAUCAUUCGAUACUAAAGACGCUCCUAGAUUACCUUCAUAUUAA